UGUUUUGGCAUCCAACUUUCUCUAAAACAUGAAAAAUUUUUUUAAUAAUAUGCAAUAUUGUAUGACGUAUAUCCAUACACAUGACACAAAUUUGACUUCGUGAGUGAUUUUAUACCUGUUUUAUGGGAACAGAGCCUUGAGAUACAUUCUUGUUCUAUAGCUGUGUAAUAAUUACUAGUGAGAAAUAAACAAAAACCCAGAGUUAAAAUGGACGAUCAUAGCAAUGGAACCAUUAUCAAACUAGAAGAUAAUAAGAUCGAGAUAGAGCAGUGUUCUAAAGCCUUAUUGAAAAUAACAGAACCAAAUCACAUGGAGAACUCAUACAAAAGUUCUACGACAAACCAAAACGAUUAUAAAAAUAUUAUUGAUGGAGAUGCAUAUAGAUUACUCGUGAGAAAUAAACAAAAACCCAGAGUUAAAAUGACCAAUCUUAGCAAUGGAACCAUUAUCAAACUAGAAGAAAAUAAGAUCGAGAUAGAGCAGUGUUCUAAAGCCUUAUUGAAAACAACAGAACCAAAUCACAUAGAAAACUCAUACAAAAGUUCUACGACAAACCAAAACGAUUAUAAAAGAAUUAUUGAUGGAAAUGCAUAUAGACUUAAUGAAGCAGGAGGUAUUAAAAUUGAAGAAGGAGAAACGGACGUUUAUUAUUAUAAGUCUAUUUUUGAGGUAGAAGCAGAAAAUAAACAAUGGAAAGAGCAACAAAAUACAAUCGACGCGAAUGAAUACAACGUUGUUAAUUCGAAAAUCAAAGUUGAAGACAAAACAGACGGUUAUUACCAUAGCAUAGAGAACAAAAUUGAUAAAGACAAUGAAGAUAUGAAAAAGGAAUUAUCUGAAACCUUUAUAAGUGAAACAAAAUCGAGUAACAUUGAAAAAUUAUAUAAUAGUCGUGUGACAGCACGGAACGAUCUUCAAAAAAUAUUUGACGGGAAUAUAUACAAACUUAAUGAAGCAGGAGGAAUUAAAAUUGAAGUAGGAGAAACGGACGAUUAUUAUUAUAAGUCUAUUUUUGAGGUAGAAGCAGAAAAUAAACAAUGGAAAGAGCAACAAAAUACAAUCGACGCGAAUGAAUACAACGAUGUUGAUUUGAAAAUCAAAGUUGAAGACAAAACAGACGGUUAUUACCAUGGCAUAGAGAACAAAAUUCAUAAAGACGACGAAGAUAUGAAACAGGAAUUAACUGAAAUUUCUAUAGAAGAAACAAAUUCAACUAAUAUUGAUAAAUCAUAUAAUAGUUAUGUGACAGCACAGAACCAUCUUCAAAAAACAUUUGACGGGAAUAUAUACAAUUACAGAAAAGUGAUUAAUACAACGAUAGUUCAAGUCGAAGCCGAUUUAUUGAACGGACAUUAUUUCGAGUCCGUGAUUGAAGUUGAAAAUAAUGGUCUUUUAGAUGUGCAACCUACUAAAAACGGUUUGGACAAAAUACAGCAAUUUGCGUGUGAUUUAUGUAAGAUGUAUUUUAACACUAAACGGAGAGUGACCCAGCACAUAAUUCGAUUACAUAAUGCACAUGCAUCAACACAGAAAAACACUGCAACUCAAGUUAUCAAAAAUCGUCUUACAGUCAAUGAUACGAGUUAUGAAGGGAAUAAACAAACUGAUGGUUGUCAAGUCGAGUCUUGGAUUGAAAAAGGUGUCAAUAAUCAAAUAGCACGAAAGAAUGACAAUAAAUAUAUAAAAGAACGACGAAUAUUCCACUGCGAUUUUUGUCAAACGUCGUACCGUACUAAAAAGCAAAUAACAUUACAUAUAGUAAAAUCCCACAAAAGUUCAAAUAACCAAUAUUCUACCCUAAAAAAUAGCAUUAUACAUAACAAUAAAUAUACUAGAGCAUUCACCAAAAACAUCAUCCGACACUACAAAUGUGAUGUUUGUUUUAAAGAUUUUUCGUGUAAAUCACUACUCACUAAACACGAACGAGUACACAAUGGGGAAAAGCCCUAUAAAUGCGCUGUUUGCUCAAAGUCGUUUUCUCAAAAAUAUAAUCUAACAGCUCAUGAACGAGUGCACACUGGAGAAAAACCUUAUAAAUGUGAUGUUUGUUUAAAGUCAUUUUAUACAAAUUCAGACCUCACAAAACAUAAACGCGUGCACACUGGAGAAAAACCUUAUAAAUGUGAUGUUUGUUUAAAGUCAUUUUAUACAAAUUCAGACCUCACAAAACAUAAACGCGUGCACACUGGAGAAAACCCUUAUAAAUGUACUGUUUGUUUAAAGUCGUGUUAUUCAAAUGCAGACCUCACAAAACAUAAACGCGUGCACACUGGAGAAAAGCCCUUUCAGUGUUUGGUAUGUUUAAAAUCAUUUUCUGAAAAACCUUCGCUUACAAAUCACAAACGAGUGCACUCAGGAGAAAAACCCUACAAAUGUGCGGUCUGCUUAAAAUCGUUUUCCUUAAACGGAAAUCUCACAAAACAUGAACGAGUACAUGCUGGUGAAAAACCCUACAAAUGUGCUGUAUGUUUUAAGUCGUUUACUGAUAAAUCAAGCCUCACAAAACACAACAAACGCGUACACUCUGAUUGAUUACCCUUAAAAAUAUAUUUACUCAAGUUUAUUUUCUCAAUAAUCGAAGUUUAUAAAUUUUAACUUAAAAUUAUAUAGUAAUAUAUUUUUUAUUUUAUUACUAACAUAAAAUUGUGUAUAUGUGCGUUACUUAUUUCAAUCAAUGUUUAUUGAAACGUGUUUAUAUACUUCUAGAGCAAAAUGUAUUUUUAAUUAUAUUGUUAGAUAUUGUGUUUAAUCAGUGCACGUUAAAAAUUGUAAGCUACUCGACA